AACCAGAACAGUAAAGUCCGAGGAAGCAGAGAAGAGGCAGAUGUUAAGGACACGGGGGAAGCAGCCUCGAGGGGGAGAACACCCAAGGGGCAUCUUUUCAAGUGCAGGUUGUGCUGGGCAUGGUCAGGAGCUGGCAGGGCAUCAUCUUUCCCUGUGAAGACUAAGAAUCAGAGUCCUUAUUGUGGGCUACCUUCUUCUAGAGCUGGGCAAAAGCCUAGCCACACAGCUGUUAACAUCUGGAUCCAGGAUCAUGUCUGCUAACAAGGGCUGGUGGGCGCCACCCGAGGGUGAGGACAACUUGUCCAAGAAGUUCCUAAGGAAGACCAGGGAGUCUCCACUGGUGCCUAUCGGGGUAGCAGGCUGCCUGGUGAUAGCAGCAUACAGGCUUUACCGGCUGAAGGCUCGGGGCUCCACCAAGCUGUCCAUCCAUCUGAUUCACACCAGAGUGGCAGCACAGGCAUGUGCUGUGGGGGCCAUCAUGCUUGGUGCCAUGUAUACAAUGUACAGAGACUACAUCAAGAGGGUGUCAGAGGAUCCUGACAAGUAGGACUCCCGAGGCGGCAGGAUGGCC